UUUUUUUUCAUCAAUUUUUAUUUUUUAUUUUUUAUGGAAGAUGACACAAAAAUGGCUCAAGAACAAGAAGAUCAAUCUAGGAACAAUUGUAUCAAUGGUGGAAGUAGAUCUACUAAAAAACCAAAGCAAAAGAAGGUUCCACAAAGAGGACUUGGUGUAGCACAACUUGAAAAAAUUCUUGAAGAACAAUCAUCACAAAAUGUUACACCAUCACCAUCAUCAUCAACAACUAUAUCUUCAUUUUUACCUCUACCAAUUAACAAUUUUAAUCACUCAAAUCAUAUGAAAGAAGGUACUUUCAUUUUACCAUCACCAAAUUCUACAUCAUUAUCAUCAUCAUCAUCAACAACUAUAUCUCACUAUUUACCUCCUCCAAUUACCAAUUAUAAUCUUAUGAACCAAAAUUCAUCUAGUGGCCAUUUACCUUUACCAUCAUUAGGUGAAUUUAGAUCUUCAAUGUCAAUGCAACAUUUGGAUGGUAAUAAUGGUAAAGUUCCUAGUACUGUUUCAUUGCCUAAUAAUGGUGUGUUUGGAAAUGUACCUAAGUUGUGGAAUUCUCAUGAGCUGGAUUUUGAGAAAGAAAAUGGUUUGCCAUUUCUUCCAAGUUUGCCCUUUGAUUCUAAUCAAAUUUGGCCUAUGCCUAAUUGGGUUCAGAGAACACAGUUUCAUCAUCAACAUUCUUCACAAGUGGUGAAUAAUUCAGCUGGAACUUCAUCAACACAUGUGCCUCAGUUGUCAAUUGAGCCCCCUUCAAACCAAAAUCAUAGUAUCAACGGCGGCACGCCUGCCAGACCGGCAGAGAAGAUGAUGAUUGGCAUGAAAAGGCCAUAUCCUUUCUCCCUGGAUUUUCCACAAGCCCCUGCUUUAAAUUACAAGUUGCCUCCUCCCAAUGCUGAAAUAGGAGGCACAAAUUCAAGAAGAACUUCAUGUGAAAGUGAAAGUGGAUUUCACUUUGUAGCUGGCAAUUCAACUUUCAGAGAAUCUCAAUCCUGCUCAGCAUCCAACUCUGAUCCAAAUUCAAAGAGAAGAGAUAAAGGGAUUAAGGAACUUGAUGGAAAUUUUCUCACUUUGGCUCCUCCAUCCCCUGUUUCAUUGAACAACCAAGAAUCCCCUGAGGAACAUGUAGAAGAUCGAUUUCAUACCGGGUACAAACUAGCCAGACAACAAAAGCAACCUUUGUACAGCUUCAUCAUUCCAAGGGAGACACAAAAUGGACAACCAGCAUUAAGAAUUCAGAAUGGUCAUGAAGUGGAAGAAAAUAUUGAUCUCAAUUUGAAGCUAUAAAGAAACUUGAAUAUUCAUCUUUGAUUUUUGAUUCUCUACAGGUGAUAUGAUACAUAU